AUGUCCACCACGGCAAUGCGAUACGCCAAAUCGUCCCUGAUGACGAUGCCCAUCCGUCCUACACUCGCUCGCCACCGCCGCGUCGUAGAACGAAUUGCCUCCAGGCCACUAUCGCUCACAAGCCGAGCCGCUUCUCAAUCUGCCACCCAGCCCAUUAUGCUGGAAGAUCCCAAAGGAUUCGGCUUCAUCCGGCACAACGCCCGCCCCCCGAAACCGAGAAAGACUGGCGUCACCGAGAUCAGGGGACCGUACUACUCCGUCAUGGGCAAGAGAUAUCUCCAAGACGUAUUUGACACCAUGUCGCAUCAAGUUGACGGUGUCAAGUUUGCCGGGGGCUCGUUCUCGCUCUUCCACGAAGACAAGCUGCGGGAGCUCAUCCAGAUAGCCCAUGAAAACGACGCCUAUGUCUCGACUGGAGGCUGGAUUGAGCACGUACUCACCCAAUCGGACCCGACAGCAGCCGUGGACAAGUAUAUCCGAAAAUGCAAAGAGGUUGGGUUCGACGUGAUUGAGAUUUCCACGGGAUUUCUCUCCCUGCCGCAAGACGACUGGCUACGACUGGUGGACAGGGUGCAUGAAGCCGGCCUCAUUGCGAAGCCCGAGUGCGGCAUCCAAUUCGGCGCGGGCGGUGAUACAAAGGCUUCGGAGCUGGAGGAGCUGGGUCCCUCGGAUCCGUCCAAGAUUAUCAGCGCCGGCAAGAGGUUCAUUGGUGCCGGUGUCGAGCGCAUCAUGAUUGAGAGCGAGGGCAUCACUGAAAACGUUACCAAGUGGAGGACCGACGUGAUUCAGCGUAUCCUCGAUGAGCUUCCUGCGGAGAAGCUCAUGUUUGAGGCGGCAGACCCCCCCGUCUUCAACUGGUAUAUUCGAGAAUUCGGCGUGGAUGUGAAUCUAUUUGUUGAUCACUCACAGAUUGUGCAGCUUAGCUGUCUGAGGGAAGGUAUCUGGGGCAUGGCGGAUACAUUUGGCAAGAUCACAACAUACAGGCCAUGA